AUACAACCUAAGUAAAUAUUUUCCUUCUCAUGAAUGGAACAAACACAAUCUUCGCUUGAUUUUCCAAGAUUUUGAUGGUUUAGAUGAUUACACGCCAAUAGUCAAGGCUAUAAGUGAUAUAGUUCUUGAGUGUUGGGCAAAUAACCGGGAUAUAUUCAUCUUUGUUACUGCUGAACCGAUUUAUCCUGUCAAUGUUAUUGCCACUUUGAUUAAACGAUUACGUAUUUUGUUUGAUCGUCAAACUUUGAAAAUUAUUGCGUUCUGGGUUGGUGUGUAUCAUAUCUCGCGUGCAAUGAUUGCAAACCAAUGUGAUAUAUCUGGUGCCUCGCAUUGUAUUCAGGUGGAUGAAGAGCAUGAAGUUGUGGAUGAAGUUAUGUCAUAUAUUGAGAAGGUUAACAUGGAAAAGGAUGAGUGCCCCGCUUCUCUAUUGAAUGCUUAUCGCGAAUUUAAUAAUUCUUACCCUGCCGCAACAAAAAUUGAUGGCCAAAUUUGGUGUAGCAUUCUACAUUAUGUUGAAGCUCACACCAAAGAAAAUAGGAGUGAGAUUAUCUGUGAUCUGUGCCCAACAAAUAAAAAAGAAUGGAAUCCAACACACUCAAUCAACAAUACAAAUCAAGAGCAUUAUAUACAAGAAAUAAUGUGCAAUGCUUUGUAUAACAAAUUUUCCCAGCAUCCAAGAAUCAAACAUAAACUCCUUUCAACAGUGAAUUUACCUCUAGAUUUUUUGAAUGUAACCAAUGAUACUAAUGAAGACAAGGUGAAAUCAGCUUUGACAGGUAAUAUGUUUAUUAAAAUUCUGGCGGAAACUAGGUCCACAUUAAUGCAAGAAUGCAAAAAGAAUAAUAAUAAUGAAGAAAAGAUAUGA